GGGGGAAGCAGCUGGAGGAAGGAUCAGGAAGAUCCUUGGAAACACAGUUCUCCCUCUCUCUCAGUCUCCAAGAAGAAGCAGCGCCAGUGGAUCGGCCCCACAGGACUCAACCAGACAGUGUCUUUCCACCGCUCCAGCACCGCUCCGAGGCCUCGGGGACAGGGAGGGGACAACGACUACGCUCAGGCCCCCAAAAAGAGCUCCCAGCUCUCCGCUUACCCAGCUCUGGAAGCAGCGUGCCGGCGUUCCAACCCUCCGGAUAACUCCUCGGACAGCGACUACGACCUGCACUCUGCCCGCAGGGUGUGAUUCCCUGCUUCCCAAAGGAGCUGAUGCCACCUCCCACCUCAGCUUUGGGGGCAUCCCAGCAUUCCAGCACCCUUCCAGGAGCACUUCCCACCUUCCUCUUGGGAGAAAAGGAGGUUUUUGGGGUUUUUUUAAAGCUAUUUAUAGGAAUUUAAGAGGUACGGGGGUGCAAGGAGCCCUUUGGAAUAGUGGGAUCACCAGCUUCUCCAAACCAGGAUAAAGAGUUGGGAUGAUGGAUAAAGGAUAGGGAUGCAAGGGUGGGAAUACUGAGAAUGAGUCUGAGAUAUUUAAUAACAAAUACUUGUAAUAAA